GCCCUUUGCUGUCAAUCAAGUUGUUGUACUGUUGCUGUCUUUGCUUCAUCUUGCUUUAGUAACAAGUUGACUCAUAGGCUCGCUGCGUCCUCUCAGCCUCACCCUCGACACUACGUAACGACUCUAAACCACUACACGCGUCUGCUAUCCAUAGACAUAUUCGCAACUAGGAUUUCACACUCGAGCUGCUGAACUAUCUACUCCACCGGCCCCCAAAUCUCACUGCAUGCGUCCAACCUCACACGCUUGCAUGCAUGCAAGCUAGGAAGGAUACCCCAAACUAGCGCCUGACGCCAUGCAGCAUGAUCGGCGCUAAUGCAGCUUAAGCAAAUAUGGUAUAGAGGCUCGUAUGCUCGCCAGCCAAUCCUGAUAUCGCUCCUAGCUCUAUCAAACACAGACGUGGGCCCAGCAAGCAGGCGAACAUUUGGGAUCGGCUGUCGUACUGUUGCUUGCACACAAGCUCCCAUCCACGCGUUGCUAAGUAAAGAACGACGAUCAAACGUAUCUAUCCGCAAGGGUACCAUACGCGAUUCCGUUGCAUCGCAGCGUAUCCCUCGUUGCGCAUCUUGCUCAUUUGGAUGUGAGGAAGAGCGAUUGGACCAGGAAAGCGCGAGAAGUUCGCGCGAUAGAAUGCACCGGUGAAUUGCUGC